AUUAUAUUUAUAUAGACGAAGCUCCGUAUAUGGCUUCAAAAGCUCAAAGCAGCAAGCAGAGCUUAAGCAAUGGCUUCAGUAACCCUUCUUGAGAUCUUCUUAGCAAUCAUUAGCUUUGUGGUUGUUCGCGUUUUGCUCAACAAAAAUGGCCAACCCAUAUAUUGGCCAGUCGUCGGAAUGCUGCCGGACACUCUCUUCCACCUUCACCGAGCUCACGAGAGGUUCACAGAAGUCAUUGAGCGAAGUGGCCAUACUUUCUUCUACCUAGGCCCUUGGUUUUCCAGAGUAAAAUUGUUAGGCACAGUUGAUCCAGCCAAUGUCCACUACAUAAUGAGCUCAAACUUCUCAAAUUUCCCUAAAGGACCCGAGUUUUCCAAGAUUUUUGACGUUCUGGGAACUGGGAUUUUCAAUUCGGAUUCUGAAUGGUGGAAGAACCAGAGAAAACUCGCUCAGGCUUUGAUUAAUCAUCGGCGGUUUCAUCAGUUUUUGGUGAAGACCAGCCGGGAGAUGGUGGAGAAAGGGCUAGUUCCAGUCCUUGAUCAUGUUGCUGAACAAGGAUCAGUGGUGGACAUGCAAGAUUUGUUUCAGAGAUUCACAUUCGAUAUCACAUGCAUAUUGGUUACUGGCUACAACCCAAGAUGCCUGUCCAUUGAUUUCCCAGAAGUAGAAUUCUCCAAGGCCAUGGAUGAUGCUGAAGAAACUUUGUUUUUCAGGCACUUAACGCCUGAAUGGUUCUGGAAGUUGCAGAGAAUUCUUGGAAUCGGACAAGAGAGGAAAAUGAAAAAAGCUUGGAAAACACUGGAUCGUACAUCAGCAGAAUACAUCUCCAGAAAAAGAAAACAACUCAACAAUCAAUCACCCUUCUCAUCAGACGACAGAUCAGAGGGUGUUGAUUUGUUAACAUCGUACAUGACAGAGACCCAAAUCAUGGGAUCAAAACCAAACGACAAAUUUCUACGAGAUACCAUAGUAAAUUUUCUCCUUGCAGGAAGAGACACCACAAGCUCAGCUCUGACAUGGUUCUUAUGGCUGAUCUCCAAGAAUCCGCAAGCAGAAACCAAGAUAAGAGAGGAGCUUAAAGCAAGUUUACCAGAAACAGAAGCAGAAACCUGGCGAAUAUUCAAUCCAGAGGAGCUAAACAAGCUUGUUUAUCUUCAUGGAGCCAUCUGUGAAGCUCUAAGGCUGUAUCCACCAGUUCCAUUUCAGCACAAGGCUCCUCUCCACGAAGAUUUGCUUCCAAGUGGGCACAGAGUGAAUCCUGAAAUGAAGAUAGUUCUCUGUUUGUAUUCAAUGGGGAGGAUGGAAUCCAUCUGGGGAAAAGACUGCUUGGAAUUCAAGCCUGAAAGGUGGAUUACAGAAGGAGCAAAGAUCAGGCAUGAGCCGUCGUACAAGUUUCUAGCUUUCAAUGCCGGACCGAGAACUUGCCUGGGGAAAGAAAUGGCUUUCAUUCAGAUGAAGACAGUGGCGGCGGCUAUAAUCCAUAACUACAAGGUUCAGGUGGUGGAAGAUCAUCCUGUGUCUCCAAAUAUCUCCAUUAUUCUUCAGAUGAAACAUGGAUUGAAGGUCAGGAUUAGCAGGAGAUGGAUUUGAAUUAUUGUUUAUUAAUUUUAUUUUAUGUUUUUACUACUGAGUUUUUGAUAUUGAAUGAUUCAUGUCAAAAACAUAUUACUCCAACAAGCAAGUAAUAAUUUUUAUAAUUAAAAAAAUAGCAAAUUUAAUUUUAAAGCUUAUUUUGAGGAGGCACUUAUUAAAAAUCCUCAUGAAAACAGAUGAACAACAAUGAAUAUAUGAAUAUAAUAAGGGGAUUUAGU